AUGAGACGCAUCUUUGGCGGCACAAGCCUGACCGGCUCGUCGACGUCCGGUUCUCUCGCUUCCGACGCCCUAUCCUCGCCAAUCUCGACCACCCACGACCGCUCCUCUCCGCCCGCUACACCGACCAGCGAAUACCCACUGGGAACGGACGCGCAUGGCGAGCCGAAGAAAGGCUGGUUUGGCGGUCUCGGCGGCGGGUUGACGCGAAGCGGGUCCGGCAAACUCACGAGGCCUGACACGGUCUCGACGACGGCAAGUGGGUCAGGACAGACGGGCAACUCGUCGAGCAUGACGCUACAACCAGCGCCGGAGGACUUUGAGCCGGAAAGGCUGCCGUUCGGACAGGCCAGGUCGCCUCCUCCGCCCACUUCGCCUGAUCGCGGCCACACUCGCUCGUCAAGCCACUCUUCGUUCGGUACUGCGUUGCCUCCGAGGGGCACUGGCGCGAAUGGCCGGCCUUUCUCGCCCGAAGCAGCGUUGUCUGCGUCAACUUCGGCGAUGCAGAAGGACUCGCUUAUGAUCGAGCUACUGAGCGGAGCAGCUGUCGUCGAAGCGAAAGACUACGACAUUCUGAGUUGGGAAGAGAUGCAGGAGCUGAAGAAGGAGCAUGCCCUCCUCGCGACCCGCCUUACCUCCCUCAACCGCUCUGUCGCCCUCGAGACCCGUCUUCGAGAUUCAGCCGCCAAGCUUGUCCGCCUCUCCGCCCCCGCCAGUACCCUCCCUCCCUCGAACCCCGGCUCUCCCGCUCGACCACGCGUAACUCGCGAGCAAGCCGAAGCGCAACUGGCGACCGCACAGGCCAAGCUCGAUGCGCUCGAGUCGGAUUUGCGGAAGCAGACGGCAAGGGAUGCAGAGUUGCAGGGUCGGUUGUUGCGGCAUACGGCAGGCGUGCUCGCGAUUGCCUUGCGACGGAAGGAGGAGGAGAUCCAGCAGACAUCCGUGUUCCAACCGUCUUUACCAGUACCGUCGUCAGCACACCGCGACACCCACUCUCCGCCAGGCUCAGCGACCCUCCCGCGCUUCGACGGCGCCCACUUCUUCGCCGGCAAUCGCGAAGCCGUCGUCCCCCUCCCUCGCGCAAACGGCUCGCCCUACGCUAGUCCUCAGCCUGGCCAGAGCGGGACUUUCGGCGCAAACGCGGUGCAGCUCCAGCAUGACUUGGCGGAGCAGACGAGCAAGGUUAAGGAGUUGGAGGGGCAGGUUGCGGACCUUGAACGUGCGCUCGAUGCGACGAAGCAGCAGGCUGAGGAGGAGAUCCGAGCGGUGAAGGGAGACUUGGAGAACGUCAGGUCGCGCGCAAGCCAGGAGCAGGCAGGCGCACAGGAACGGAUACGAUCGCUCGAGGAGGAGGUCGAGCGCUUCAGGGAGGAGGUCGAUCAGGCGCGAGCAGACCACGAGCAUGCGCGGUCCGAGACGGAGGACGCUCGGCGCGAAGCUGAGGAGCACCGUAGCCAGCUCGCGGCGUUCCAAGGCUCGUCGGGCGACGCCCAACGCGACCUCGAAGCGGUGAAGCAGGAGGCGCAGGACUCGUCGCGCAAAUUGCGGGACGUCGGAAUGGAGCUUGCUGAGGCGCAGCACAAGCUGGAGGAGGUGGAGGAGCGCGUCAAGGAGCUGGAGGAGGAGCUGCAGCGGACUGAGGAGGAAACUGCGGCUGAAAGGCGCGAGUGGGAGGAGAAGCUGAAGGUUGCUGAGGCGGGAGCGGCAUCGACUGCUUCGGCUGAGGCGCAGCCGGCUAGCGAUGCAGCGGCGGAAGCGAGGGUUCGUCAGCUCGAGUCGGAGCGGCAGGCUGUCGUGCAGUCCAUCGGCGACGUCCUCCGCCGGCAUCGUAUGCGACCAACGCUUGGCGUCGCUCUUCGCGAAUCGCCCGCUUUCGACGACACGACUGAGCGCGAUGACCUGCCCGCCUACCUCUCCUCCACCCUCGACUCGCACUUCGACAAGCUCACUUCGCACGUCAACGAGCUCAACUCGCUCCGCGACGAGCACGACACUGGCCGAUCCGACCUCGAAGCGGAACUCGAUCAGGCGCAUGAGCGAUGCCAGAACCUCGAAGCCGAUGUCGCCUCCGUUCAAGCCGAGCGCGACUCGCUCGAGACGGAACUCGACCUCCUGCGCUCGCAAUCGCAGGAGCACGAGAGCCGUAUUGCCUCGCUCUCGACGCUCGAGUCUCAGCUCGAAGAGGCGAAGGCAGCGGAGUUGCGGGGACGAGAAGAGUUGGCUGCCGCACAGUCGCGCAUCGCGGCGCUCGAAGGGCAACUCGGCGAGCACGACAAGGCGUCUUCGCGACUGCAAGACCUCUGGCAGUCGAUGCCACCCCUCGACGAGUCUGCACCUCGGUCAGCAGCGGCAACCCUGCCAGGACGCAAGCAGCUGGGCUCGCUCUUCAAGAAGGGCGCAACCGGUCCUGCCUCUUUCUCUCCGGCCGACUUCUCAGUCGACAGCCUCGUCGAACGGGUGCGGACGCUAUCGACUGAGCACCAGCAGCUCACGCAGCGUCUAGCGUCGCUCGAGGAGGAGAAGGGAUCUGCGGAGGAGAGCAGGAAGAAGAGCGCCGAUGCGCAGGGAAGCCUUGAGGCGAAGGUCAAGGAGCUUGAAGAGCGGAUCGAGGUCUCGGCGAAGCAGGAGGUCUCGAUGCUUGAGCGACUGAAUGACCUGACCGAAUCGCUCGAGACGACGCGGGCGGAGAAGCGGAAACUCGAGAUGCAGAUCCGGACGCUCGAGGCGGACAAGGCGGCUUUGCAAGAGAAGGUCGACGCCGCCGCCGCUCGGCCUGCGCCUACACCCUCAGUACCCGCUGCGUCGACGGCAGGCGAUGGCGAGCUGCAGGAGCUGCGAGACCAGAUCUCCGACCUUGAGGAGGAGUUGGCCGAUGCACAGAAGCGGGAACAGCGGACGCGGGCGCAGCUUCUCGAGGAGCUGAGCACCGUCCAGAGCGAAGUCUCGUCGCUGAAGACGCAGUUGCGGCAGGCCCAGCGCAAGCUCGGUGCGAAGGCGUAG